AAUUGGAUUAGUACAACAAAAUAGAGCUUCCGUGGCACACUAGUUGCUACAACUCACGCAAAAAACCUUCUUCCUUUCCUUUCAGCACCACCACUACAACCAAUGGCAGACACAUACGUUUUGGCCACUCAGAAGCGCAACCGCACGGAUGAACCUAACGGCAGUGACUCCAAGAAACUCAUGCUGCACGGAGAGGCGGAUCCAGCCGCAGCGUUGGCCAGCGCACGGCAUGAGUUUGGGGAGCACGGCGGAGUGAACAUGUCGAUCGAGGCGUCGGCGACUUUCACGGUGAUGGAGCCAGAGACGAUGCGUCGCAUGUUCUCCGGCGAGCUUGGCCCUGACCGGGACUUUUUCAUCUACAGUCGCCACUUCAACCCGACGGUGCUGAACCUGAGCCGUCUCAUGGCUGCGCUGGAAGGCACAGAGGCGGCGUACUGCACCGCCAGCGGGAUGUCGGCUAUCAGUGCCGUGCUGUUGCAGCUGUGCAGUCACGGGGAACACGUGGUGGCAUCCAGAACGUUGUACGGUGGGACCCACGCUCUGUUCUCGCACUUUCUACCACGCACGUGCGGGAUAGAAACAAGUUUUGUGGAGGUGACGGAUCUUGAGAUGGUGGAUGAGGCCAUGGUGGAGGGGAAGACCAAAGUGCUUUACUUCGAGUCAAUUUCGAACCCGACGCUUACGGUGGCAAACAUACCGGAGCUGUGCCGUAUGGCACGACGUAAGGGGGUGACGGUGGUGGUGGACAACACGUUCGCGCCCAUGGUGCUUACGCCGGCGCGUCUUGGUGCUGAUGUGGUGGUUCACAGUAUCACCAAGUUCAUCAGCGGUGGGGCCGACAUAAUCGCAGGGGCUGUGUGUGGGCCUGCAAGCCUGGUGAAUAAGAUGAUGGACCUGCAACAAGGAUCCUUAAUGCUCUUGGGCCCCACAAUGAAUGCAAAGGUGGCAUUUGAACUUUCCGAGAGAAUCCCACACCUGGGCCUAAGAAUGAAGGAGCACAGUCAACGGGCUUUAUUGUUCGCAAGGAGGCUGAAAAGCCUGGGCCUGAGGGUGAUCUACCCGGGCCUGGAGGAGCACCCGCAGCACCAAUUACUGAAGUCGAUGCACAAUGCUGAGUAUGGGUUCUGUGGGCUUAUCUGCCUGGAUAUGGAGACUGAAGAGAGGGCUAACCGGUUGAUGAACCACUUGCAGAACUAUGGGCAGUUCGGGUUCAUGGCGGUGAGCUUGGGCUACUAUGAGACUCUGAUGUCUUGCUCUGGAAGUAGCACCAGCAGCGAGUUAAACCCAGAGGAAAAGAAACUCGCUGGGAUUUCACCUGGGCUUGUGAGAAUGUCCAUUGGGUACAUUGGCACCUUCGAGCAGAAAUGGGCCCAGCUCGAGAAGGCCCUAACUAGACUUAACGAGCCUCUGUGCAAGAAUUGAAGCCCAUUAGCACCUCUAUGUUCAGGCUUUCGAAAAUAUUAAUAAUACCAGUAUGUCUAAUAAGUUCUGUAUUAACACUUCAUCGGUUCUCUCUAAUGGAUGUAUUUCCAUUUUCUAUUAUUAAGCGUAGUCUGUGUUUA